AUUCUCAUAUAGUCCAACGAUUAACUAAUAAAAAAAGCUUAAUUUCCUUAUAAUUAUGGAUCAAAGAAAAAAAAAUACAGCGCAAAAAUAAAUGUAUAUAAUUUUUUAGAUUAAAAGUUCUCUCAGAGACGCGCCUAUCAGAACACGCGGAACAGGUUCUCUAUCCAAUCAGCGCGCUAGCCUUUCCUGUUAAGCCAAUCGUAGCGAAGGAGGCGGGGCUUGUCGGAAUACAGUUAGGGUUUAAAAAAUAUAUGCGACACGGUAGCAAACGUUGUAACGACUUCCGUUUGUAGACUUCCGGCAAUGCUUUCUUGAACAUCAAAGAAAAUAUUUGACAAAAAUGUCGACUGAUCUUGUUCAGGAAGAGCGCGCUACUAAAGAAGAGCUAAAUAAACAGAUUAAGGAACAGAAGAUUGUGAUUGAUGAGCUGUCUAAUCUGAAGAAAAACAGGAAAGUCUUCGUCCAGCAGCCGAACAGCAACAUCUUCUUCCUGGCAGACAAAGGAGAGACCUUGAGCACCUGCAAGAAAAAUCUGGACAAAAUGAAAAAAGACUACCAGGACAUGUAGAGCUUAGGUUGUCCUGACCGGCAUCGGGGCAGACGAGCAGCUAGCUGGCUACUCGAGACACCGUGUGCGGUUUAAAACCUCAGGUCUACAGGGUCUGGUUGAGGAGUUGGCUAUGGAGCUGGGCAGAAUAUCC